UGAGGAAUUUAUGAAUGAGUAAAGUUUAACUGAUAAGAGGCGGCGCAAGAAAUGCCAAAUGUUGUUGAUCAAUCUCUCUAAAAAUAGCCAAACUAAUGUAGCAUAGUGCAUUGAUCUCGGGUUAUCCGUCUUCAUGUCUUCUUUUGGACAUUAAGGGGUCUAGACAAAAGCAUGAGAGGAAAAACAAGAGCCUUUCUUUCUCUCAGUGCUUUUGGUGGUUCUCCGAAUUUGAUGGAUUUGGCUCCAAGAAGCCUACACGCUGCCUGGUUGAUGCCAUAUCAUCCUCCACAAUGAAUGCACCUCCACCACCGCCUGCCUAUGUCAUGUUGGACGGUCAGGGAAAGAAAAAUGGCAACUACGGCCCGCCUCCUUCUGGUCGCCGAAAUGUACCCCGGUAUAACUCCGACUACUACCCAAAAAAAUCAGGUGGAAGUAGUUGCCUGAGGUGCAUUUGCUGUUGCUAUUGCAUUCUCUUCCUCCUGAUCUUCAUCGUCUCCGUCCUGGCUUUCUAUUUCUACACUGUUUACGAACCUAAGGUGCCUUCCUACAAAGUUCAAAGCCUGGAUGUCAAAUCCUUUGAUCUCCUGCCUGAUUUCAGCCUCAACACUGUGUUUUUGGUAACUGUGGAAGCCGACAACAUGAACAAAGCCAUUGGUUUCACAUAUGGUCAGGGAAGCUCAGUCCUUGUGGAAUACACAGAUUCUAGACUUUGCUCGGGAUCACUGCCAAAUUUUCAUCAGGGCCCUCAUAAUACAACUUUGAUCCAAAUUGAGUUGAAAGGAAGGAGUGAAUUUGGAACAGGUCUUCAACAGGCUCUUCAAGAUAGCAAAGAAAAAGGAAGGAUUCCAUUGCUGGUGCGGAUUCAAGUUCCUGUGAGUGUUGUUGUGGGGGAAAUUUCCUCCAGGCAAUUUCACGUUUUCGUUAAUUGUACUUUGGUGGUGGAUAAUCUAGCUCCGGGCAAGAAAAUUGGGAUCUUAUCAAGCAAAUACGAUUUUGACCUCACAUUAUGAGAUCUAAGUAAAAUGCUUGGUAUCAUAUGGAUGAUCCUAUGUAGUUCUAGAGGUCAAGCACCUUGUUUUCUUGUUUUAGGAAGAGGUUUCAAUUCUAACUGCUCCACCCUUUUCUUGUUUCCUGUAUCCUGCCCCUGUAACCCUUACCUUCUUAGAAAUUCAUGAGAACAAAUAUGUAUGCAUGCAUCUAUGCUGGGGCAGCUAAUCUUUCUUCUCAAGGAAUGUUGGUGGUUGAUUAAGAGUUAGUGAUUAAGGAUCCUCCAGGGCCACUAUUCUUGAUUUUGUAAAUUAAGUAUU